AGAGCUCAACGCUGGUUUCCCUCGGUGCAGGAGAGCGCAGCCGGUGGGCAUUAAACGGUGCAGUAAUUGGGGGCUAAAAUGGCGCUGUCUCAAGGAACAAAGAAAAAAGUUUGCUAUUACUAUGACGGGGACGUUGGGAACUACUACUACGGCCAAGGCCAUCCCAUGAAGCCCCACAGGAUCCGCAUGACGCACAACCUCCUCCUCAACUACGGGCUGUACAGGAAAAUGGAGAUUUACAGACCACACAAAGCCAGCGGCGAAGAGAUGACGAAAUACCACAGCGACGACUACAUUAAGUUCCUGAGGUCCAUACGACCAGACAACAUGUCUGAGUACAGCAAACAGAUGCAGCGAUUCAACGUUGGAGAGGACUGUCCGGUGUUUGACGGUCUGUUUGAGUUUUGCCAGCUCUCAGCAGGUGGAUCUGUUGCUGGGGCGUUGAAGUUGAACAAGCAGCAGACGGAUAUCGCCAUCAACUGGGCCGGCGGACUCCACCACGCCAAGAAGUCCGAGGCCUCGGGUUUCUGCUACGUCAACGACAUCGUCCUGGCCAUUCUGGAGCUGCUAAAGUACCACCAGAGGGUGUUGUACAUCGACAUUGACAUCCACCACGGGGAUGGCGUGGAGGAGGCCUUCUACACGACGGACAGGGUCAUGACCGUCUCCUUCCACAAGUACGGGGAGUACUUCCCCGGCACCGGAGACCUGAGGGACAUCGGCGCCGGAAAGGGCAAAUACUACGCGGUGAACUACCCGCUGAGGGACGGCAUCGACGACGAGUCCUACGAAGCCAUCUUCAAACCCAUCAUGGCUAAAGUCAUGGAGAUGUACCAGCCCAGCGCGGUGGUCCUCCAGUGUGGAGCCGAUUCUCUCUCUGGAGACCGACUGGGCUGCUUCAACCUCACCAUCAAAGGCCACGCCAAAUGUGUGGAGUACAUCAAAAGCUUCAACCUGCCCCUGCUGAUGCUGGGCGGCGGGGGCUACACCAUCCGCAACGUGGCCCGUUGCUGGACGUACGAGACGGCGGUGGCCCUGGACUCGUCCAUCCCCAACGAGCUGCCCUACAACGACUACUUCGAGUACUUCGGGCCCGACUUCAAGCUGCACAUCAGCCCGUCCAACAUGACCAACCAGAACACUAACGAGUACCUGGAGAAGAUCAAGCAGCGCCUGUUCGAGAACCUCCGCAUGCUGCCGCACGCGCCGGGCGUCCAGAUGCAGGCCAUCCCCGAGGACGCCCCCCACCCGGACAGCGGCGAGGAGGACGAGGAGGAGCCCGACAAGCGCGUCUCCAUCCGGGCACACGACAAAAGGAUCGCCUGCGAGGAAGAGUUCUCUGACUCGGAGGACGAGGCGGAGGGGCAGGGGGGCGGCCGCAGGAACGCAGCCAACCACAAGAAGGUGAAACGAGUGAAGAAGGAGGAGGAGAAGGAAGGGGAGGAGAAGAAAGAAGUGAAAGAGGAGGAGAAAGAGGAAGAGAAGAUGGACACAUCAGGACCAAAAGAGGAGGUGAAGACGACCUGAAGUGCGACACCAGGAGGAGGCGUCGUCGAUGCGUUGGGAUUCCUGUGCUCUCCUUCUGUGACAACAAGAGCCUUUUUUUGUAUUCCUGUUUUAUUAUGUGUGUUUAUGGGCGAGCCCGGUUUACACUGCGUUCUUUACAUCCGUCACCGACCUCGGUGACCCGCCGGUUGAGUGGGCGUGGCCAAGCCACAGCUUCGCGUUGUGCAAAACGAGCAACGCACAACUCCGUAGGCUUUUUAUACGAACUGGUCGGCUUCCACGUGAAGGAAAGCUCCCGUCACGCUGUUACCCAUUUAAGCCAGUUUGCGGGGGCCUGCAGCGAAGUAGAUGAUUAAUAAGCAUCACGCUCGUGUGCAAAAAGGCUUUUCUCUUUUAAACAUCUAUUUAUGAUACUGUAGAAUAACCAGCAUUUGACAAACUGUUUAUCUUGUUGUCGUCAACUCAUCAAUAAAUGCAUGUUUAGAAUAAUGUCGCCUUUAGCAUGUACAUUUUGCUCGUGUUGGGCGGACAGGCUGUGAUCUAUGUUCUAACUUAUUGAUUCAUCACCGGCCCCUUUAGCUUCUUCCUGCAUCGUUCAGUAUGUGGAAUGUUGAACCGCUCCAGAGGUGGAAGUGAGCGACUUGUUUUGUACCAUGAUACAUAAAGGCAGAGUGAGCUGGUUAAAUGGACCCUCUACAUGUUGUCUAGUUUUAUCCUUGUAAAAUGUGCAUUCAUAACUUUUUAAUAAAAGCUGAAGUCAUUGUUUUUCCUCCUGAUUUUUUUUUUAUACUUUCGACAAAUAAUCCUGCGUUUCUAUUUUGGUUUAAUUUCUGGAUCCAAAGUGAAGAAGCUUCUCUACAUUCGUGGUCCAUGUGUUGGUUUCUUUAGCCAUCAGGAUGCAGCCAAUAUGACCUUUGACCUGUAGUGGGGUUUUUUUUAUGUACCAUUCUGACUUAUGGUUUAACAAAAUAAACAUCUGCCACAUUAA